CAUGAGGCCUCAGAGGAGCUGGAAUCCUCAUCCUCUGCAGCAUCUCUGGGCCCUGGGGACCCCGUGUGAGGCACUGAGGUCCCUCCCCGUACCCAGCUGGGUCCAGAGGCAGGAGAAGCCAUGACCCCCACCCUCACGGCCCUGCUCCUCCUCGGGCUGAGUGUGGUCCCCAGGACCCUAGUGCAGUCAGGGACCCUCCCCACACCCACCAUCUGGGCUGAGCCAAGCCCUGUGGUCCCCUGGGGGACACCUGUGACCAUCUGGUGUCAGGGAAUCCUGGAGGCCCAGCAGUUCUAUCUGGAUAGAGACAGACAAUCAGUGACCUGGGACAGACAGCCUGCACUGGAUCCCAGGAACAAGGUCAAGUUCUCCAUCAUAUACAUGACAGAGCAAUAUGCAGGAUGGUAUCGCUGUCACUAUCAAAGUCCCUCUGGCUUGUCAGAGCACAGUGAACCCCUGGAGCUGGUGGUGACAGGAUUCUAUCGCAAACCCAGUCUCUCAGCCCUGCCCAGCCCCGUCGUGACCGCAGGAGGGAAGGUGACCCUCCAGUGUGCCUCAUGGGAGAAAUUCGACAGGUUCGUCCUGAUGAAGGAAGGAGAACCCAGGCCCUCCUCGACCCUGGACUCCCAGAGACACACCCGUGGGCAGUUCCAGGCCCUGUUCCCUGUGGGUCCCGUGAACCCUGGGCUCAGGUGGACGUUCAGAUGCUAUGGCUAUUACAGCAACACCCCCCAGAUGUGGUCACUCUCCAGCGACCCCUUGGAGGUCCUGAUCUCAGGCCAAGAGAGGCCCUCUGACACCUGCCCACCCUUUGUCCCUCUCCUGGGUCUAAAGAUGCCAGGGCCCUCUGGAGACCCUGGCCCCUCACCCACAGGUCCCAGCUCAACUGCUGGAGCAGCUGGCACCAUCAGCCCAUCACAAGACAGGCCAGAUCGCAACACUGCCUCCCUCCCCAAAGAUCACACAGUGGAGAAUCUCAUCCGCAUGGGCAUGGCUGGCUUGAUCCUGCUGGUCCUCGGGAUUCUGCUAUUUCAGGAUCACUCCAGUCAGAGAGGAGUCAAAGAUGAAGCCAGGAGGUAAAUUCAAGAGAGAACAAUGCAACAAUCAGAAUGGCAGAGUCUGGGAAACACCUUGUGUGCCUAAGAAGUUCUGGAAUAAUAUGUUGGGCAUGAGCUGUGGGAACUGUCAACAUGCCCAGACCAGUCCUCAUACUCUGUGACAUCAUCUCCAACCUCCAAGGACUUAUUCCACAUACCACAUGACACAGUGGUCAAGUACAUAUCUUUUGUCAUUAUUUGACACCCAUCACAUUCCCAAGACUAAUAGUGAUCAGAGAACAGUAUCCAUGUGAAUUUAGCACGUACUUUAGUUUUCAUGCUUGGUACAUUGUAUGAAAUAUAGUUGACUUUUGUAUAUAUUCCUUGCCAGGAUGGAUGGAUUCAGGAUUGAUUAUAAAUGGAAAGACAGACAUAAAAGUUUACCUCUACACAAACAUAGCAAUCUGCAAUAAAUCAACUCAGCAUCCUCCGUGGCUGCCUUCACCUUGAAAGGUGAAUUAGGUCGCCUGCUCAGUCCUGGUACAAAGAUUUCCUGUUUUGUAUUCCACUCACAGAGACUUAGCAAAAAAGUAGUGAACUAACAUGAGCCCAUCAAACACAAAGCAAACUAUAGAGGCAGAGUCUCCUACAUGACAUGAGCAGCAUAGAAAACGAACAGGCAGACACUGAGGGAGGCAAACCAUAAGAGACUUUUAAAUACAGUG